UCUCCCUUCGAGACUGUUGCCGAAAUAAAUUUCCGCGUUUCGCAGAAAGAUUUACUACACGAGUAAAGGGGGUUUUAUUAAAUGUUCCUUUUUAAGUGGUGUGGCAUAUUGUGUGGUAUUUUAUCUGUUUUUAUGAAUUCAAUACUACAAAAUAGAACAUUUCAUUUUGAGAAGAAGUUGCAACGAUUAAUAUUUGGCGAGUGAAGUUAGUAAGACAAGGAUAUCUUAGUUUUAAUAUCUACAUCAUGAGUUCUGCUAUGUCUGAGAUCUUCAGAGAAAUGGAGGUUUGGGGUCUCCUGCUACUGUUAUUUGUUGCUAGUUCUUCUGUUGCCGAGUAUCAGUGCUGGAUUUGUGAUUCAGGACAGUCCAUAGACCCAUCAAAGCCUUUGGCAUUUGUGGAUGAGUAUGUGCAGAAGCAUGUGAUAACAGUCAGCCAGACAGGAAAUUUGUCCUGUUGUUCAGGAUAUCGUACUGAUACAAAAACUUCAUGGUACAAGUUUAAUCCAGACAACAAAACCUGGCUUAUCAUCCAUGCUGAUGGGACAGCUCCUCCCAGAAUAACAGGAAAGAUAUGUGAUGGAGGUCAAACAUUACGCUUUGAUGCAGUCGAUAUCAUUGCAGACAGAGGAACAUAUAGCUGCAAUGCCUCUAACAGUCGCAGAAACAUUAGCAGAACAUUUAAUGUUAUUGUUAGCAGCUGUGAAAAAGUCUUCAAGCCCAAGAUCAUCAGACAACCUGAACCUGUCAUACAAGUAAAAAUAGGAUCUUCAUUUCAGCAGUCCUGUGAAGGGAACUUUGGAUGCAGAGGUGCAGUAUCUGCCAACAGUCAGGUGUGGUGGUCAUAUGAGGAGACUGAUGGACAGAUUCACAAGCUUCUUAAUGGCACUGUAGACAGAUAUUCUGUUGAAGAGGUUAUCAGUGAGGACGAGUCUAUGAUGUCAGCAAUAAUUAAGAUUGAGAAUGUGACAAAAGGAGACACAACGAGAAUUUUUUUUUGCACAUUGACAAAAAAUAAUGACUCAACAGGAUUCAAAAUUUCUUUGAUGAUACAAGAUAGCCCAACUGUAAUUGAGAAAUAUGAAACACUUAUUGCUGGUCUGUGUACAGUAACUGGGAUAUUUGCAAUUAGUGUUAUUGUGUGCUAUCGAUUCUGUCGCCAUUAUUUGAUUUACAAAUGGAAAAUUAUUACUCGGUCACUUCCACAAAGGGGAGACAAAGAAUUCGAUGUCAUGGUUGUCGAUCCAUCAGAGGAAACAGAAAUUUCCUCCAGAAUAAGAGAAGAACUGAGAAGGAGAAACUACUCUGUUUAUCAGGUGCAUCCAUCUGAAAGGGGAAUCAUACAGAUAGAUGACGUUCAUAAGUGUUCCACAGCAAUUUUUGUGUUGGAAACAGAAGCAGAGGAAUCAGAUUUUCUUGUAAGGUACUUUGCUGUCUGCAGGGAGGAACGAAUAAAACCUAUAUUCAUCCUUACAGGGGAGUUUACAGACCUGCAACAGGUGUUUGGAAAAGAUUAUAGAACAGUUUAUGAGCAAUUUCCACAGUUGUACAAAGUACUGCACUGGCCAGGUCAUCACAGCAAAUUCUGUUAUGUGAAGAACUUUUGGGCUGCAAUAUUAAGUGAACUGCCACCCUCUAUGGUAAACAGCAAAACGUCAGGUGCAUCUGACCACAGCAUUCAGCAUCUUUUGGCACUUGGAAAUGACAAUGAUCUCUGAUAUUCUGAUUCUUACAACUUACAACUGAACCACAACGGAAAAUAGCACAUACCAUCUAGUCACAAAGCAUGUCCAGUAAAGAGGUAGUUUGAGCAUACACUCCUCUAAUCUUUUGUUGUUAAAUGCAUACAUUCUCUCUCAUACACACUUCAUUACUUAAGUGUUUUUCAUGCAGAGAACAUUUCUUUAUUUCAUUGACUUUACCAGAUGUCACAACCACAGAAGAUGUAUAGCUACCCGACUUAAAAUGUGAAAUUUUCUCCUCUAGUUGUACAGGUGGCACUGUAAAUCAAGAGGCUACCUCCCUUGAAACUUGUUUCGUAUGCACAUGACCAGUGGCAUGGGUUUGGUAUAGGAACCAGUUUAUAUAAUUUCUUCUGACAGCAUAAAAGGUUCAACACUUUCCUCUCUAGUUACUUAAAAGAUUAGUCAGAACUAAGAACUUUUCUCAGAUCUGUACAAUGUUCUACAAUAUCAGGAAUUCAAGACAAACUUCUUAAACAGAAUGAACGCCAGGGUAAAUGGCUUGAUGAAAAUAUGUAAGCAGGGCUUCUGCUAAGGCUAAAUUCUUUGGGGUCCCAGGGAACCCAUUCUUCAGAUUUUUAAGGGGUCCCUGUUCUUCGCCCAAAUUUGAAUGGGACCCCAUUGACGAAAAUUGAAGGGGUCCUCCGAACUUUUAAUGCGUACUGUAUUCAGAAGCCCUGUGUAAGUGUCUAGUAACAACUACAGGCCUACGAAAUAGCUCCUAGUUUGGUGUUUAUGGUUCAAAGACAUUUAGAAUAAGAACAGUAGGUUCAUGCUAAAAUCAAACUCAAACCCUGGUACCGGAAUGUACCAAAAGUCAAGAAUUUGUUGCAGUAAUGAAUGUUCUGAUAAAGGAACCCCAUUUCUAUCAUGUUUGUUGAAAUUUUACCUCAUUCUGGCAUCCAAAAUCGCUCUACUCCCAAGUGGCAAACCUCUAUAAUGCCCUGAAAUUCCACUUUAUGGGCUAACCUUCAUAAUGCCCUUGUCUGUUGGGAGGCAGAGAUUCUCACCCUUAACCAUGUACUAGUUGGAAAGCGUGGAAGUGAAGUUUCAAGAAAUGCGUGCGUGAGUGAGCGAAAGGUUCACUGAACCCCUAUAGUUGGGAAAAAGAAUGAAUUUGAUUAUUCCCCCGCCAGUUGCCAAAGCAGAGAGACUAGCAAAUUUCUGAGUGAAAGAGACUGGGGUAUUGGAAUAAUUCCUUGGAUAGUCAAGGCAUAAAACUAGUUGUUUUUAUUGUUUUGGCUUUCUCCAUAUCGGUGAAAGAAUGAUAUAAAAUUAUUAAAUAUUUGGUUGGAAGUCAUGAUAAUGGAAAGAGUUUUUUUUUUUUUGUUGUUUUAAUAGUGGUAAGGUAAAGUUCAAUAUGAAUAUUCAUUAGCAAAGUAAGCAUUUCAGCAAUUACCUAGGGGACGGAAUUAACCAGAGAAGGAAGGACGAUUGGAAGAGCAUCGUCAGCAGCUAGGUGUAUCUGCUCAGUCAGCAGCCGCUGUUCCUGGUUAUUGAAGUGUAUUGUCACCACCCAGGUGUAUCUGCCGAGUCAGCACCUGUGGUUCUGAGACACUGAAGUGUAUUGUCAGCAGUCAGGUGCCCAAUCAGCACCUACUGUUCGGGAGUCUGCAAGUGUGUAUCAUCGUCAACGGGUGUGUCAGCCUAGUCGACACUCACUGCUACCAUCUCAGCCUGGCAUGAACAGACAGCUCAAAAAUCAUUGGUUUCCCAUAUCCUUCACACACUUUGCCAAGCACACAUUUUAUAAGAUAUAUCUUACAUAUUAAAGUUAUACAUAGGCAAAUGUCUAAAAUGUCGUUUGCCAGAUCCGAUGCAAUCUUACUUUUCCUCCAAACGUCUCAAGGAAAGGUGUCCACGAUGAGAAUUUCUUCUUUCCAAACUUAUGAUUAUUUCAAUUUUCUCCGAUGCGUUCUUUUUCCUAGUCAGUUUAUCUUUGGAACUCUGGACUAACCCUAAAAAAGCCAAAAAAACAUGUUAAUUGGACUGUGCUGUGUAAGUGAACUGUCAUGUUCUAAAGUACAUUCUUACUUAUAUGCAUGAUACCUCAGCAGAAACAGCCACAUGACUGUAAUAUCCAGUGAGUUUAUGAAACGUCAUUGUUUUUGUUAGUUAUAUUCCUUUGUUUUUUCUACACCAGUUAUUGAGUGUGUGGAUGUGCAUGACUGUACUAUAUUGUAAUGUUUCAGCAAGAAUAUGCCAUUGCCCAUCAGGUACUACAUAUGCCCUUAUAUCUGCUAAGUACAUGCUCAUUCACUUGGCAGGGAAUUAAACUUCAGUAUAUUUUGGAAUCCAUCAUACGCUAUAGAGUAGUAUAGUGGGAAAUUGAUAUAUUUGAGGAAUUUAGUUGGGGAGGGGGGAGCUUGGGUUGUGUUCCUCCUUAAGCAUAGAUACAUAAAAAUAUUUGCACGUGUAUGUUUUAUAUUUAUAUACAAAGGUUGCAUACUGCUAUUGAGAUAAAUUUUCAAUGAUUUCUAACAUUGGACUUUAAAAUGGCAUAAACUAUUUACAAUGGCUUGGAGUAAAUUCAUGUGUCUUUGCUGUAGCCAUAUGCUUCAGUCAAUAUAAUGUCAUUAAAAAAAUAAAAUCUGCUUUUUAUGCAUCAA